AUGGAUUUUCCAAAGACUGAAAAGCUGAAACUUGAACUUUUUCCAAAAGGGCUUCAUUUUUCUAUUUCUGAACUUCUUCUCGAGUUAGUUAAUGAGCAGGAGGAGUUUUCCAGGGCAUUGAAAAGGGUUGAGCUUCUUCGUGAUGUCGCGCACGAUCAACUGAACGCUGGAAAAUACUCUGACGUUGACGUUAAAUGGCGGCGCGCUUACUAUCUCUUCUCAUUUGUGGAGGCGUUUUGCAAAUUUCGCAUGAAUCAGAGCUCCGUAGAAAUUUUGAAGAGCUGCGAUGAAGGGCUUCUAAUGGGAGCACCUGUUGACGGAUUCAUGCAGCAUCCGCUUUUGGAACAGGUGCCCGAAUUGUAUGAUGACAUUGAAUUUCCUGACUACUGUUUUACCAAUUCCUCCGACGACCCUGAAGUGAAUGCAUGGAUAGGCCCAGCCGGGACAGUUUCAAGCUUGCACACGGACAACAAGUUCAAUUUGUUCGCCCAAAUUCGCGGAAAGAAAUACUUUGUUCUCGCCGACCCAAAAUACUCUUCCUUGAUACCUACUGUCAGCAAGGUAAUGUUCAAUUCAAGCAAGUUGGAAGUCGAGGACAAAGAGGUUUGGGACAAUUCUGGGGUGGUCUUUGAAGAUUGCAUUGUCCAAGAAGGAGAUCUUCUGUAUAUACCAAAGCUGUAUUGGCACUAUGUUCGCUCAUUGACACCGUCAAUAAGUCUGUCGAUUUGGUUUGAAUAA